AUGGGCAUUCUCAUGGACGACAAUAUUCAUGCUCCUACGGUGGCCUCCGGACCGACGUCCGGAGCCGCGCCACGCGAUUUCUCUAAGCUCACUAUGCCCGAGUUGAUGCAAGAGAAGGAACGGAUCGAGGCGGAGCUCAUGGCGCUCAGCAGUGUUCUCAGCUCGCACGGAGUGAACAUGACUUCCUCUCUCACAACCUUUGAUGGGUUUCCCCGCGAUGAUAUUGACAUUGCUCAAGUCCGAACAACGCGUGUACGAAUCAUUCAUCUGCGAAAUGACCACAAAGAUGUAAUGAAUCACCUUGAAAAGGGUCUUCACGCCCACUUUGCUCAGCUACAGAAUGCCCAGGCCGGCGGCUCAGCUCCUAAUGGCACAGCGCCGUCUUCGGCCUCACAACCCUCCGCCACAGAGAGCUCUAUCGCGGACGCCGGUUCUCUUGGAACUCCCUUUGCUCGAGUGAAUACAGUGGAACCCGGGAGUCCAGCCGCGGAAGCAGGGUUAAAGACUGGUGACCUGAUCCGCGCCUUCGGAGGGGUGCAUUGGCUGAACCAUGAGCGCCUGUCAAAGGUCGCCGAAGCAGUGCAGCAAAACGAAGGACGCCCACUCACUGUCAGGGUAAGCAGACGAAAUAAUGAUUCCGCAGACACCGUCGAGGUUGGUCUGCAGUUGACUCCGCGUCGGAAUUGGGGAGGUCGCGGUCUUCUUGGCUGCCACCUCGUGCCUUUGUAG